CAGUAGUUUGUAGCCUGAGCAGAGUUAACAAGAAUUGUCCCUUCUAGAGUCAGAUUAUGGUCAUUGUAACACCAGUGUAAAUCUGGAGUAAUCCCUCUGAUUUCUAUAUGAAUACUCUGGUGGAACUCUGAAUAGCAGCAUAUGUGAUGAGAAUUAUAACCUUUGGAUUUUUACAGAUAAACAGAAGGGAUUUUUCUUAGUAUGGAAGUGCAUUCUGGCAACAUUAAGGAUAGUACAGUAUUAGAUGUAUUUUCUUAAUUUUUUUUCUUUCGAAUUUGCAGUAGCUCUUUCAGCAGUUUUUACAGACAGUCCACUUCUUUCACUCUCUGAAUUCUCUCACUGUGUUUCCUUGCAAUCGAUAUUCAGCCUUUUGUUGCUGGAUGUUUUUAAGCAUUUAGUGAUCCAACAGGCGUGUCUGUGUCUCCUAUCGUGCUCUCUUCAUCCACGGACUUCUUCAUGUUUACCAAUUUAUCCUUUUACCACCUGAAAUCUCAGCUGUUUGUGUGCGCCCUGCUGCUACCAAAAACUGAUGUGAUCCAGUUUUGCCCAUGAAAAGAUGGCACUGAGAAUAUAAAAAGCAUACAGAAUAGACAGGAUCUGCAAAAACAAUCUUAGAUAACAGUGAAGAGAAUCCAUGGUUAAAAAAAAAGAAAAAAAAAAGCUCUGAAAAAAAAACCUUUGAGUUGUAUUUACUUCAUUUGCUGUUGUUUCUUUUUACUGUUUUUGCUAAUUUUUCGUGAAAAUAUAUUCAAUUGCCACCUCUGACAAUUGGAUGUAAGAUCAGGCAUACGACAUGCACAUGUAAAAAUAGCAAAAAUGGGUGAUCCCUAAGGAACAGUGUAAGAAAUUUGGUUUAUAAUCAUUUUUUUAGGAGCUUAGAAAAUCAAGAUUGUAGAUUGGAUUCAGCAGCAUCAGUUUGUUUGCCUGCAGACAGCAACUUACUGAAACUAUCACUGUGCAACUUCUAUUGCAUGACAUCAAAAACAGAAGUAAGGAUGGCCACCAAGUUAUAGGAAUUGCCAACAGGUAAGUGGCUUUCUUGAUAGCAUGGGAGUGCUGCAAAUAUGAAGCUGCCAUUGGCACAAGCCAAGUCAUUCUCAGUUUAAGAUAGUAGGAAACUCUUAACAUGUUCCACAAGAGUUGCACAAUCCAUCCCUUGAACAUAGGAUGAUGCUAAGUUGAGACGCAGCAGUAGAGCAAUGAAUUCAUUAAAGAUAAAUGCAGUACUUUCAGAUUUCAGACAGCUGCAGCAAAAGAAUAUUCAACUUCCAAAUUGUCUGUCUGGCCUUUAAAAAUUGGCCAGCUGAAAGACAUCAAUUAUGGAAUUAUAGAAAUGUGGACAUUUUGGAAAAAAGGUCUCUUUUCUCCCCACACCACUCAUUUGUCUAGACUUUGCUCUGUCCUUCCACACAAUCUAUCUACUGUUGGUGUGAGAGCCCUUUUUUUCUGAAGAGGCUGGAUCCUGGGACAGCCUUUGUGUAUUUCCCAGCCUUGGUGACCCUUCGUCUAAUUUCAAAUCUGAAAUAAAAACAACCCCUUUUCUCCAACUCUCCUUAUACAUUUUAAUGUCUCUCUUCCGCUCCUCUGUUUUAACUCUUGACUGUAAUACUCCCAAACAAAACCUUCAUUAAGAUUGACUCCAAAGCUGAAUACAGAAAAGACCUGUUGGAACAAGCAGUUUCUGUCUGGGCAAGAUUAUUCUAUACUGUGUAUUUACUACUGCUUCAACCAGUCUGCUUUUAAGUAUCUAAAGCUAAUUAGCUUCUGUAAAUUAGAUUUUCUUGCAGAUUACCCUUGAGAGCCAGAAGUCUUACUGUAGGAUGGAUCUUUCUAGUGAAAUCUCUCUUUUUUUUUUCUCCUUUCUCGGCUGAUGUGUAAAUAAUUACAACUCCAGAUGUGUUUUGAGUCUUUUUUCUGUGGUUGUACUGACACAUAGCUUGUGAGCACACCUGAAAUCUCACAGUUGCUUUCCUACCAGAAGGAUUUUCUUACAGGUUGGAGUUUUCCUUCUUUACUGGCAUUCACCCUCAUCAUGUGUUUGUAGCAAUGUCCCUUCAUUGUCACUUAGCCAUGGAAUACAAACAUGGUUAACAUUUGGAAGGGGAUUUGUGCAUCAAGCUGCCAAACUUCAGGCAGCAUUCUCAUCUGCUUUUGGAAAAUACAUCCCACCAAAAUUAGGAGGUGCCCAGGAUAAAUUGUCACUUUUGAAAACCCCAGACAGUUGCUGCAGUUGGAUUUUCAUCUUUCUGAGAGAUUUAAUUUUUCUGGUAUGUAUUUCUCCUUGCUUCUUCUUUCAGAGUGACUGAUUUCAGUUCUUUAGGAUCUUUCAGAUAAUACUAGGACAACACCUAAUAGAAUCUAAACCAAAAGGAAGGUGCUUUUCGUGCCUUGUGUGUGAAUUGCCCUAAGAUGCAGCUGAGUUGAAUUUCCUUUUUUAUUUAAAAUGGUUUUCCUUCCUCAUGAAGUGUGAAUGGUUAGACCAAGUCUUCCUCCAAUCCAUCUCCAAAAGAGCACAGGAGUGUGCCACACCAUUUUUGACUUCUCAGUUACCCACAAGCACAAGAUUAAGGGAGUGUGCUGAUUUAUGUGCAGAUUAUCUCCUCAUAUACAGCCAAGGUGUGACCAGGCAUGUAUCCCAAUACAGGAACACAGAGGUGCUCCUGAAUCUCCCAUUUAGACACACAUGAAGGCAUACCUGUUUAUUAAAGAGGCUUCAACAAGAAGAGCAAAUAACAUGAUUUAUUCUUUUUUCCCUAAGGAAAAGCUUUGAGUAAAUGAUGCAAUAGUUUGAGGUGGAAUAAUUGGAGUAUAUUUAUUUGCCAGACACUCUAUGCAAAAGAAAAGUUUAAGUUCUGUAGGUGUGGCUAACAUGGAAACUUACCAUGAGCAUCGGAAGAAAAUGUCACACUCAGAAAUAUGUGAAGUUAAGUGCUGGUGUGUCAGUAAACAUACACAGCACUCACAGAAAGUGGCAGUAUUACCAUACUGACAAAAGGCAUUCCAUUUUUCAGCAGUGGAGACAGUCCAAGGCGUCAGUCUGUGUACAGUAUGUGAUGUCUUUAUUUUAGUGGUGCAAGGAAUCUCUGAAGUGAUGGCAAUGCUUUUCAUGUAUUUGCAUUCCUGUAAAAUGCACGGUAGGUGAGGAUGGAAAUUAUGCUUUUCAUUGAUCCUAAGCCCCAAGUUUCCUUGUUGAAGGUAUUUAAUUAAAAAGAAAUAAAAUUAAGUAGUCUAAUGAGAUAAUUGUGAAGAUAUUCACAUAGAUUUACAAGGCAGAGGAAAACAGAGUCCCAAGCAGAUGCCCAUUAGCAGGAUGAAGAACAAGGAACUAAAUCUCGUUUAGAGGAAAGUAAAUUGCAAUCAAAUUUGCAGUCUUUUAAGAGAGGUGACAUUCUGGGGAGGAGACUGCUUUAUCCAGAGACACCCAGCUCAAGAAGGCAAUGCUGCCUUGCUACAUGGGCUGAACUUUAGCACAUCUGUAGAAAAUAAGUCCUGUUUUAGUCAUUGUAUUUACCUCAAGUAAUAAUGUAUCUUUGAAAACAAACAAACAACUCUACAUCCCUAUAGAACCCUUUCCAUGCCCUAUUUUCAAAUGUAGCAAAAGAGGCAGAUAACACAUUAACAGCUGUUUUCAACUAUACAUUGAUCUGAAGCAUGCAAGCAGAAUUUUGGGAUAAAAUCUACUGAAGUUCAUCAAUAUCUGUAAAGGAAUUCUUUCUCUAAGAAGCUGACUUGGAGGAGUAGGAGGUGGGCCCUGCCAUGGAGAUGUGUACAUGUAUGGACACCAACAGGAGCUCUCUUCUGGUUCACAAGGUGGGCAGCAAUAUUUUGAGUUCACCUUUAAGUGUAAAUAGAAUCACUGAAUCAUAGAACCAUCAAGGUUGGAAAGACCUCUAAGAUUAACCAGUCAUCAAUUCAUCCCUACUAACCAUGUCUGUCAGUGCCACAUCUCCACAGUUCUUGAACACCCUCAGAGACAGUGACUGCACCAGCUCCCUGGGCUGCUGACAGAGUUAACUUCAAGAACUUGUAUUAUGAGAAAAGAGUAUUUUAAUUACAAAACUAACAGCAACUCUGAUUGCUGCUGUCUCUUAAAAAUGUUAAUUAGUCCUUCCAUUCGUCCUUAAAUUUAUGAAGACCUGCACAGAGUCAGUGACACUAUUGCUUGUGACAGACUCAUGCUGAGCCUUUCAUUCUGCAGUUGUUGCAAAGGAAUGUGUAUGAAACGAUGAAAGAGUCACAGUAAAACAUUUUUAUUUGUACUCCAGCAAUUCCUUCCACAAAAAAAAAAAAAAAAAAAAAAAAAAAAGCUUCAGAAAUAAACUAGAAAUGGUUCUUCUCCACUCUCAUUCUAGAAAAGUUCAUUUUCGAGAAAGCAAGUUUGCAAUUCAUUGCAGCUGGAAGAUUUUUCAUAUCUCCCACCCCCAUCCGCCUCCCAGAGGAUAGAGAAACUCCUAUGGGGUUCCUGGGGCAGCAGCAGAGGAGGGCUGGGCACAAGGAGCCUCAAUCCGGAGUGGAAACAGAACCAACUCAGCCUCACCGACGCCUAAAAAGGAUCGGCCUUGUUUGAGAGCUGGUCCAUGGACUGGUUUCGUUGUGGGCUUUGUCUCUUUUUGUUGCUGUUGUUUUUUGAAUAAUUUCGCUGUGGCGUGGCUGCUCAGGAGAUGCGUGGUGAUGGAGGGGUCCCUUCUGGGUUCGCCCGCCUCUCAGCACUGCCUUCUGUCGGACCAAAGGCAAGGAACCGCCAGAAUUAACAUCAUUCCUGGAGAAAGAAAGAAUGGGAAAGAGGAGUUCGGAGCCGCCCGCUGAGGGGGAGGGCAGGGCCGGGCCUGUGCCGGCAGCGUCCCGCCGCCGCGGGGGCGCGACGGAGGGAGGGAGGGAGCGGGCGGAGGGCGGCUGCGCGGCCGCCUCCCCGCGUUCUGGCGGUCCUCGGCGGGCGGCGGUGCGGAGUGGAGCGGGAAGGCCGCGAUAACAUGCAUGUGUCACUGGCUGAGGCUCUGGAGGUUCGGGGAGGGCCACUGCAAGAAGAAGAAAUAUGGGCUAUUUUGAAUCAAAGUGCUGAGAGCCUUCAAGAGCUCUUCAGAAAGGCUGAUCCUGCUGCUCUGGGAUUCAUCAUUUCUCCGUGGUCUCUCCUGUUGCUUCCAUCUGGCAGUGUAUCAUUUACUGAUGACAAUGUUUCCCACCAAGACCUGCGAGCAUUCACAGCACCUGAGGUUCUGCAGAACCAGUCCCUGUCAUCUCUCUCAGAUGUUGAGAAGGUCCAUAUUUAUUCUCUUGGUAUGACGCUCUUCUGGGGAGCUGACCAUGAGGUUCCUCAAAGCCAACCUAUCAAACUUGGAGAUCAUCUCAACAGCAUCCUCCUUGGCAUGUGUGAAGAUGUCAUUUAUGCUCGAGUAUCUGUACGGACCGUUCUGGAUGCCUGCAGUGCUCACAUCAGGAACAGUAACUGUGCCCCAUCUUUUUCAUAUGUGAAGCAGUUAGUCAGACUGGUCUUGGGAAGCCUGUCUGGGAUGGAUCAACUUUCUUGCAAUGGAGAUAAAAAAUUGCAGCCAGACAGGAGCCAGGCAAUUCGGGAGAGGCUGAGGGGAAAAGGACUGCCCACAGGAAAAGCUUCAGUGGUUGAUGCACGUGACGAACACAAGACUCAUUUCUCUCAACAGACAGUGCUUAACAAAGGGCUUAGCAAGUCGAUGGGAUUUCUGGCCAUGAGAGGAACACAAGGCGAGGAGGAAUUUUUCCAGGGCAUUUCCUCAGAUUACAACUCGGGACAGGAAGAUUCUUUCUAUCCUUACAGAUGUAAAACCAAUGAGUUUGAAAACAAAAGUCACCUCCACACAGAUGCAGCUCCCAAGCGGAAGGUGUGGGCUUCUUCCACAGACUUGCUUUGCACGACCAACAAAGCAGCUGAGAGAGAUCAUGCUUCAGACUCUCACAAGUACAGUCAUCAGUGUGAGACCUUCGCUGUACGGACUUCUACUAUGACCAGAAACAAAGAAGCGAGAUACUCCGAUGGGAGCAUAGCACUGGAUAUCUUUGGACCUCAGAAACUGGACCAAACACGCCAUGUGCCUGAGACAUCAACUUCCGCAGCAAUAUCGAGUGCCUUUGACAGGAUAAGGGAGAGACAGAAGAAGUUGCAGCUCCUGAGGGAAGCCAUGAAUGUAGAAGAGCCUCUGAGAAGGUACAAAUCAUACCACAGCGAUGUUUACAGUACUUCGAGUGAAAGUCCAUCCAUUAUUUCUUCAGAAGCAGAUUUCAGGCAAGUGAGAAGAAAUGAGGGAUUCAAGAGAGAUGAUGCCAGUACUGCUUUGCCAGGUGCUGAUGAUAUCUCCACAUCAAGUCAAGCUCAUUCUCAGAGGGCAAGCAGGCAGCAUGAAGCACCAUUUGAAGGCAAUCUCGUCAGUCAAGAAGCGAUGCUAAAGCGCCAGGAAGAAGAAAUGCUGCAGUUGCAGGCUCGUAUGGCUCUCAGGCAGUCCCGGCCCAACCUCUACCCUGGAGAUGCAAUCAGGUCCUCCAUGCUGGACAUCACCAGAGAUCCGCUUAGAGAAAUAGCCCUGGAAACAGCCAUGACUCAAAGGAAACUGAGGAAUUUUUUUGGCCCUGAGUUUGUGAAAAUGACGAUUGAACCAUUCAUCUCCUUGGAUCUGCCAAAGUCUAUCUUGACAAAGAAAGGGAAGAAUGAUGAUACAAGGAGGAAAGUAAACGUGAUGCUUUUAAGUGGACAGAAGCUGGAGCUGACCUGUGACACUAAAACAAUAUGUAAAGAUGUCUUUGAUAUGGUUGUUGCCCAUAUUGGCUUAGUGGAGCAUCACUUAUUUGGACUGGCUACUUUAAAAGACAAUGAGUUUUUCUUCGUUGAUCCUGACAUAAAGCUGAGUAAAGUAGCCCCAGAAGGAUGGAAAGAAGAGUCGAAGAAAAAGAACAAGCCCCCUGUCAACUUCACUCUGUUUUUUCGCAUCAAGUUUUUUGUGGAUGAUGUCAGUCUUAUACAGCAUACUCUCACUUGUCACCAGUAUUACCUGCAGCUGCGGAAGGACAUCCUGGAAGACAGGAUGCACUGUGAUGAUGAGACAGCCUUAUUGUUGGCAUCCCUAGCUCUUCAAGCUGAAUAUGGAGAUUACCAGGCAGAGGUGCACGGCAUGUCAUAUUUCAGACUGGAACACUAUGUCCCAGCUAGAGUGAUGGAGAAACUGGAUACAUCCUACAUCAAGGAAGAGUUGCCAAAGUUGCAUAGCACUUACGUGGGCGCUUCUGAGAAAGAGAUAGAAUUAGAAUUCUUGAAGCUGUGUCAGAGGCUCACAGAGUAUGGCGUUCACCUUCAUCACGUGUUACCCGAGAAGAGAUCCCAGACAGGCAUCCUGCUGGGAGUGUGCUCCAGAGGAGUUGUUAUCUUUGAGGUUCACAAUGGUGCCCGCACUCCUGUGCUGCGCUUCCCAUGGAGAGAGACAAAAAAAAUUUCCUUCAGUAAGAAGAAAAUAACAUUGCAGAACACAUCGGAUGGUAUCAAGCAUUCCUUUCAGACUGACAACAGUAAAACCUGUCAGUACCUUUUGCAUCUCUGCUCUUCCCAGCAUAAGUUCCAGCUGCAGAUGAGAACCAGGCAGAGCAACCAGGACACUCAGGACAUUGAGCGAGCUUCCUUUAGGAGCCUGAACAUCCAUGCGGAGUCAGUGAAAGGCUUUGGCAUGGGGCGGGCCAUCAGCACGGGCAGCCUGGCCAGCAGCACCUUGAACCGCCUUGCAGUGCGCCCUCUAUCCGUGCAGGCAGAGAUCCUGAAGCGGCUGUCCUGCUCCGAGCUCUCGCUCUUCCAGCCACCCCCAGGCUCUUCAAAGGACAAGAAUGAGAAGACUUCGUGGGAGGAAAGACCCAGGGUUAUGAGCAAAUCGUUCCAUGAUCUGAGCCAGAGCCAUAUCUCGGUUUACCCUCCGAGGAAGAAUAUUAUCACAGCUUUGGACUCUUCCUCCCAGAAAAUAGAGGACUUAAUGGGAAGAGUCUUUCAGCGAAUGCCAAAAUUUGAUACUGGAUCAGCAGCAGGAGCAUUAAAACUGAACAAUUCAAAAUCUCAUGCAGGUUUAAGUAGAAGUCCUGAAAGAAAGAAAAAUGAAUCGGACUCAUCGUCCAUGGAAGAUACCGGGCAAGCCUAUGUUGUAGGUGUUAGCAUGAGUAACUCUGGAAAUCUUCCAUCAUCAACACCAUUAAAAGAGAGCAGUGACUCUCUGCAAACAACAGAGAGCAGAGUUUCCUCACCAGAAAGAGAGAUCACUUUGGUGAACCUGAAAAAGGAUGAAAAAAUGGGCUUGGGCUUUCAGAUAGUUGGUGGAGAGAAGACGGGGAAACUUGAUCUGGGAAUUUUCAUUCACUCAGUUACUCCUGGAGGGCCAGCUGAUGUGGAAGGAUCUCUGAAACCAGGACACCGACUGAUAUCUGUGAACAGCACGAGUUUGGAGGGUGUCAGCCACCACACAGCAUUAGAAAUUAUAGAGAAUGCUCCUGAGGAUGUAACACUCGUUAUCUCUCAGCCCAAAGAAAAGCCAUCCAAAGCAUCGUGCAGCACCUCGCACCUCACUAAUGGAACCAGGACCUAUGUAAGAAGACCAUCAUCAGUGCAGGACAAUGAGGCAGAGUCCUCUUCGGAGGAGCCUAGCAGGUCCCGUGCUCACCAGAGGGCCAUUGCAGGCAGCGUGUCUGCCUUGUCAGGGGGCAGGCGGGAUGGGAGUGUGAGCUCCCAGGACUCCAGGACUGAGAGUGCCAGCCUGUCCCAGAGCCAGACGGCCAGCUGCUUUGGCAGACGUGCCAGUGGCAGAGCCCAACAGGAUCCACAGAAAUACAGUGACUCCCAGUCUGGGGUUUUGAAAACUAGUGAGAAGAGAAGGUCGUCGUCAGACAGUACUCGAGCCAAAAUGAAAAGGUCGGGAGUUGUGGAGUCCGUGGAGUAUUCUGACCGAGGAGAUUCUGACAUGGAUGAAGCAACUUACUCCAGCAGUCAGGAGCAGCAGGUUGCUCAAAAGGAAUCUUCCUCAGCAAAUGCAGCUGACAAAAUGAAUUCUAAAAAGGUUUCUGCAGAACUUCUUAAACCUGGAGAUAUCUUUGAGGUUGAACUAGCCAAAAAAGAUAACGGCUUGGGAAUAAGUGUCACGGUACUGUUUGACAAGGGUGGUGUAAACACAAGUAUAAAGCACGGUGGUAUUUAUGUGAAAGCAGUUAUUCCAAAAGGAGCAGCUGAAGAAGAUGGCAAAAUAGAAAAAGGUGACCGCGUGCUUUCUGUCAAUGGGGUGAGUUUGGAGGGUGCUACUCAUAAACAAGCUGUGGAAAUGCUAAGAAACACCGGACAGGUGGUGCAUCUGCUGUUGGAAAAAGGACAGCUUUCUGUGGCAAAGGCUCAUGCUCCAGUAACACCACAGUGCACACCUCCAAAUCUGGUGGGGCCAUGUGAGCCUCAGGAGAAACCAGCAACAAGAGCUACAAACACCAAAGACUACAGCUUUGUCACUGCAGAGAACACAUUUGAGGUAAAGCUGCUGAAGAACAGCUCAGGUCUUGGGUUCAGCUUCUGCCGUGAAGAUAAUCCUACUCCAGAACAGCUGGGCUCAACCAUUGUGAGGGUGAAGAAGCUCUUCCCUGGGCAGCCUGCUGCAGAGAGUGGGCAGAUAGAUAUUGGGGACGUCAUCCUCAAAGUGAAUGGGGCAUCGCUCAAGGGUUUAUCCCAGCAGGAAGUCAUCUCUGCUCUGAGGGGAACAUCUCCAGAAGUCUCUCUUCUCCUUUGUCGGCCACCGCCUGGUAUACUGCCAGACAUCGAUCCUGCUUUGUUGACCCCCAUCAAUUCACCCCUACAAGUAUUUCCAGAUGUCAAUAGAGAAGUUUCUGGUCCUUCAAAUGAAGAACAGGGAGAUAGCUCAGAUGAAAAUGAAACUACUGAUCUGAGCAAGAGAAGACUGAAGUCUCCCUCUAGGAGAGACAGCUACAGUGACAGCAGCAGGAGUGGUGAUGAAGAGACGAUGGACUCACUGGCGCAGUCAGGCCACAGCUGGAAUUCUGCCCUCUGCCAGCCUCCAGAUGAAGCUGUGACACAGGCACACAGCCAGCACGAGGCACGCAGUGCUCAGGGCAGUGCUCUUCGCACCAUCUUGUAUUCUGCACAUGAGACUCCUAGCAGGUCAGAGCUUGAGGACAGCACUCUGCUGUUGGAUUUGACAUCGAUCCCACCCUGUAGAACCAUUCCUGAAGUUACCACAUCUGUUUUAAUAAACAACUGUUAUGCUGCUCCUGCUUCUGAGCUACCUCCACGCCUGGAAGGAAUGGCCUCACUACUCAGCCAGCUAGAAAAAAGUGCUGAAGAAUAUGAACCGGAAGUAGAACUCCAGGUCACCAUGACCAAGUCUGAAAAAGGCAGCCUGGGCUUUACAGUGACCAAAGGGAAUGAUAAUGUGGGCUGCUACAUUCAUGACAUUGUUCAGGAUCCUGCCAAAAGUGAUGGGAGACUGCGUCCUGGGGACAGACUCAUAAAGGUUAACGAUAUUGACGUUACCAACAUGAGUCAUACAGAUGCAGUCAGCUUUCUCCGUGCUGCCCCAAAGACUGUCAGAUUGGUUCUAGGACGUGUGUUGGAAUUACCCAAGAUGCCAGUAUUGCCUCACUUGCUGCCUGAUAUUACGCUAACAUGCCAUAAAGAGGAGCUAGGUCUGUUGUUAGCAGGAGGUCAUGACAGCAUUUACCAAGUUGUGUAUAUCAGUGACAUUCUCCCCAGAUCAGCUGCUGCCAGAGAGGAGAGUCUCCGUGCACUAGAUAUUAUCCAUUAUAUUAAUGGGGUCAGCACACAAGGAAUGACACUGAAAGAAGCCAAAAGAACAUUGGAAACAUCCCUUCCUUGGGUUGUGCUCAAAGUGACCAGAGAUGGUCAUCCAGUACUUCCAAAAUCCAGGGGCUCAGAUAGCUCGGAUUCAUGGUCAAAGAAAACUAAUGGCUGCUCACAUGGUGAUCCCUGUGAUAAAACAGAAAAGACAACUGAUGCCCACGGGUCCAAGGUCAAUGGCAACAGCAUCAUAGGACCUUCUCUUGCAAACACAGAAAAUAACAUCCAUCAUACAAAGGGACAACUAAAUCUCACAGGGUCUGGAGAUGCCCCUUCGCUUGGCUUUGCUGCUCAGAUAUCGGAUGUUUCUAAACACAGUGACAAGUCAGAAACAGAGAUUCCAGAUGAUGAAUAUUAUGAUGAAGAUGAUCACAAUGAAGUAGUCCAGUAUCUGUUGGACGUUGUAGAUGAGGAAGCCCAGAACCUAUUAAAUCGAAACAAUGCAAUAUCAGAGGCCCAGAGCCUUCUGCACAUCAAGAAGGCCACAUCAGAAGAUCAUCUGACAGCUCCAGUGGAGAUGAAUGGGAAACUGGCAGAAGAUAAGUCUGAAGACACAGACUGUGAUGGUUCAUCUUUACCUGAAGAUUUUUCAGAGCCCAUGCACAUAAAUGGUUGUGAAGACCAUGGUGAGGAAGGAGCUGUGCCAGAAAGAUCCCCUCCACAACCUCCCUUGAGUCAAGCAGAUGAAGAUGAAAUCACGUGGGGAAGUGAUGAAUUGCCAAUUGAAUCAAUCAGCCAGGAGCGUGUAAAUAAAGAUCUCCCUCUGGUGACGAACGAAGAGAUCUCCGCGCUGCGUGCUGUGAGUGUGCUCCCUGGCGGCAAGUACUGCGGAGCCAAGCUGAAGGCGGCCAUCAGGGUGCUGCGAGGACUGCUGGAACAGGGGGUUCCUUCCAAGGAGAUUGAAAAUCUUCAAGAGUUAAAACCAUUGGAUCAGUGUUUGAUUGGACAAGCAAAGGAGAACAGGAGGAAGAACAGAUACAAAAACAUCCUCCCUUACGAUACCACCAGAGUUCCUCUUGGCAGUGAAGGUGGAUACAUCAACGCCAGCUUCAUUCGCAUGCCGGUGGGGAAUGAGGAGUUUGUCUACAUUGCUUGUCAAGGACCUCUCCCCACUACCGUAGCAGACUUCUGGCAGAUGGUUUGGGAGCAAAACUGUACUGUGAUUGCCAUGAUGACUCAGGAAGUUGAGGGAGAGAAGAUAAAAUGCCAACGCUACUGGCCAGAUGUGCUCCAUAAAACCACCAUGAUAACAGACAGGCUGCGGCUGGCUCUUGUAAGGUUUCAGCAGCUGAAGGGCUUCAUCAUCAGAGUGCUGGAGCUAGAAGAGAUCCAGACAGGUGAGGUACGGCACAUUUCCCACCUGAACUUCACUGCCUGGCCUGACCAUGACACCCCUUCUCAGCCGGACGACCUGCUGACGUUCAUCUCCUACAUGAGGCAUGUGCACAGAUCAGGACCCAUCGUAACACACUGCAGUGCUGGCAUUGGCCGCUCAGGGACCCUGAUUUGUAUCGAUGUGGUUCUGGGGCUCAUCAGCAGAGACCUGGAUUUUGACAUCUCGGACCUGGUGCGCACAAUGCGUCUGCAGCGGCACGGGAUGGUGCAGACAGAGGAUCAGUAUAUCUUCUGCUAUCAAGUUGUCCUGUAUGUCCUGAAUCAUCUCCAGCACGAAGAAGAGAGGCAAAUGAAAUCCUGAACUGGAAAGUGCUUUGAAAAUACAGAUGUGAGGAGCCUGAAGGGACCUGAAGGCUCUCACCUGUUCUUUGUUCUGCCAAUGCUGUCAAAGUCCUUUUCUUCAGCUGCUGUCAAAUGUUUUCUCUAUCUGCCUCUGUGUGUCACUGCACAUAAGGUACAUAGUGUAUGGACAAAGGAGAGCUCAUACCAUACCACUGCUGUCUUCAGCCCAUGGACACAGCUGUGAGAUAUUUGUAUAACAGUAAAUAAUAUUUAAUAAAGCUGCAUUUUUUUGCAGCUUCCUUAAUACAUGAUUAAGUACUCAAAUAAAAAUAUUUUAAUGAAAAAAAAUGAAAAAAAGUAAUGUUGAAAUACUCCUGCAGCUCUGCAGCUGCUCUGGAGUAUUUGUUUCUUAGGGGGUGGGAUAAAGCAGUAUUCUUGUCCUGGCAAACUUUACUACCAUGCCAUUUUAAUGGUCUCUUUUAAAAGCUUGUGUAUGGCAACAGACUGUUUUGGCCUUUUAGUAGAGUUGGAGCUAUUUUAUAGAGGGUAUCUUAAAUCAGUAUUUAAGCUUUAAGAGCUGCCUGUUAGUGUAAGGAUAGUGGUGACUGUUUACUGUAAGUAUCACAGUUAACAAUGUUUACUUGAUAGAGUUCCAUGUAUAUAUUUAUAUACUUUUACAAAAAAAAAAAAGAAGUUGAAUUAUCAGAUGUCUAACUUUAUAACUUAUUAGGCAUCUCUACUCUGUAAAUAAAAAUACACUUAAAAUGCA